GUCUGUCCCGUCCUGUGCUCGGGUCGCGGCCAGUAUGCGAACGGUGAGUGUCAGUGCACUUCCCGUUGGAAGGGGAAGGAGUGUCAGCUCCGGGAGGACGAGUGCGAAGUGAACGACUGCAACGGACACGGAGACUGUGUGGACGGCAACUGUCACUGCUUUCCCGGAUAUAAAGGCAAACACUGCGAGGAUGUGGACUGUUUAGACCCGGAUUGUUCAGGACACGGCCAUUGCGUGGCCGGUAUGUGUCUGUGCGGUAGGGGCUGGAAGGGCGCCGGAUGUGCUGAACCCGACUCCGAAGCCAUCAGGUGUCUGCCCGACUGCUCCGGACACGGAGCCUUUGACCUACAGCUCCAACAGUGUAUUUGCGACGAUAGACAUACCGGACCCGACUGUUUACAAGAGCGCUGUGAUCUGGAUUGCGGUACUAACGGUCACUGUCAGGGCGGUGAGUGUCUGUGCGCUGACGGCUGGACAGGCAAAAAAUGCGCGGACAGACUGUGCGAUCCCCGGUGUCUAGAGCACGGACACUGCAAAAACGGCACCUGCCUGUGCAUACAGGGCUGGAAUGGCAAACAUUGCACUUUAGAUGGCUGUCCGAAGUCGUGCAACAGUCACGGGGACUGUAGCCAAAAGCAAGGGGAGUGGCAGUGCGAGUGUGCGUCCGAUUGGGGCGGACAGGACUGUAGUGUUCCGCUCGAGAAUAUCUGCGAUGAUGGCAAGGAUAACGACAACGACGGACUGGUCGACUGCGCGGACCCGGAGUGUUGUUCCAACAAACAGUGCGAAGGCAAACAACUGUGCUUUUCGGCGUCGGACCCCCAGGACAUCCUACUCCGUAAACAGCCCCCGGCGGUCACCGCCUCCUUCUUCCAGAGGAUGCAGUUCCUCAUCGAAGAGGAGUCCGUUCAGAGCUAUGCCCACAAGAGUGCGUUUAACGUCAGUCUAUUCUGGAACCGAUUCAACGACAGCCGGGCGUCAGUCAUAAGGGGACAGGUAGUCAACCAGGGCGGACAGGGUAUCACUGGCGUGCGUGUUGGUGUGGCCACGGAUCCAAUGUUAGGCUUUACCCUCACGCGAGACACCGGUUGGUUCGACCUCAUGGUCAAUGGUGGCGGUGCUGUCACUUUGCACCUCCAACGCGACCCCUUCCGACCCGCACAACGGGUAGUAACGGUGCCCUGGAAUGAGAUUGUGGUCAUCGACAGAGUGCAGCUCACCAUCGACGACAGGGGCGGCGCCGACACCUCGAAGGUCCUCAUGUGUAUGGACCACGACUUCGACAUAAUGAAGCCGACAGUGUUGACCCACACCUUUCAGGACGGGUGCGCCACACAGUCAGCCCUUUUGAAUGAGUCGCGUGUCGUGCAGGAGUCCCUUCGCAUACCCGGCACUGACCUCAAUCUCGUCUACCAUUCCUCGCGAGUGAACGGCUAUUUGUCAACCAUUGAGCUGCACCUGACACCCGAUAAGAUCCCGACGGCACUCCGUUUGGUUCACCUAAAGAUCGCCGUCGAAGGCAUACUCUUCGAGAAGACCUUCGAGGCCGACCCCACCAUUGUCUUCACUUACGCCUGGAAUCGCAGGAAUAUCUACCGGCAAAAGGUAUUCGGUUUGGCGACCGCUAUGGUGCACGUGGGCUACCAGUACUCGAGCUGCGGGAACACCAUAUGGGACGUACAGAUGGUGCAGUUGGCCGGACACGAUAUGCCCAUAUCGGAGAUCGGCGGCUGGAAUCUGAAUAUCCAUCACAGAUAUAACUUCCACGAAGGGAUCCUCCAGAAGGGCGACGGAUGUAAUGUAUACCUCAAACAGAAGUCCAAAGUCAUGGUGACGACUAUGGGUGACGGACAGCAGCGUCCACUCCACUGCCCAUAUUGUAACGGCAUCGCCAAAAAUCAGCGCCUAUUAGCGCCGGUAUCACUAGCGUCGGCACCCGAUGGUAGCACAUAUGUGGGUGACUUCAAUCUCGUGAGACGUAUCAAAACCGAUGGAUCCGUUCAGACGGUCAUUGAAUUGAGUGAGUCGUCUGUGGCCUAUAAAUACCACUUAGCCGUCCAUCCUAUUGACGGAAAGUUGUAUUUCUCGGACCCGGAGAAGCAUCAGAUAUUACGCGCCAUUAGUAUUGAUAAGAUCCCGGACCCGCGCAACAACUUGGAGGUAGUGGUGGGAACGGGAGUCAGGUGUCUGCCCGGCGAUCGUAGCGCUUGCGGUGACGGCCGACUCGCUCGACACGCCCGCCUGUCGUACCCCAAAGGGCUGGCCAUCUCAUCCAUGGGCGAGAUCUUUGUGGCCGACGGCACAAACAUCCGAUACGUCGACACCUCCGGCAUUAUCCAUACCCUGAUCGGCGACCACCACCACAAGACUCACUGGAAACCACUUCCCUGUUCCGGGUCUAUACCGUUGCAAAAGGUGGCGCUCCGGUGGCCGAAACAUCUGUCCAUUUCUCCUAUCGAUAACUCGUUGUAUAUCCUCGACAACCAUAUGGUCCUGAAGUUGACUCAAGACAGGCGUCUGCGUGUAGUGGCCGGCCGUCCCUCUCACUGCUCGUCUGUUAUCACCGGAACUCCAGAAGAAGUACCAAAUGCCGAGACGGGAGACGGGAUGUUGGCUUCACAAGUAUUCCUCGAGAGUCCGCAGUCGAUAGCGUUUGGACCCAACGGUGAUCUCUAUAUCGCCGAAAGCGACUCUCAGACCAUAAACAGGGUGCGAGUGGUGACGGCCGCCGACAAUAAGAUCCAGCGAUUCGCCGGCGCCGACCUCAAGUGCUCGUGUAUGGACGUCCAGUGCGAGUGCUACUCAUCAGACACGCUGGCCAUCAACGCUAAGAUGUCCACCAUUUCAGCCAUUACUGUCACACCAGACGGUAGGCUUCAUGUGUGCGAUCAGGAGAACGUCCGCAUCCGGACAGUCAUGUCCCCACUGCCCGAACAGAACGCCCAGAAUGGCGAGUAUGAGAUAGUGGCGCCCCUUUCCAGCGAGGUAUACGUGUUUAACAGACACGGCCAACACGUGAGCACCCGACCCGUGCCCACCCGACCCGUGCCCACCGUACAGAUCCCCCACAGACACGGCAAGAACGUGAGCACCCGGUCCGUGCCGGUCGGACAGACCACCUAUACGUUCAGCUAUAAUGUCAAUACAUUGAACGGAAAGUUGAGUUCAGUUACCGACGCCGCGGGCAAUAAGCUAUACAUUCUGCGAGACUAUAGUAAUCAAGUGAACAGUAUUGAGACCACACAGGGAGGGAUGUGUCGGCUGCAGAUGUCGAGGUUUGGUAUGCUGUCCUCAUUCACCACUCGCGACAACAUUGUCACGAACUUCACGUAUUACGGCAACACUGACGCCCUGUUGGCCACGAGAACCGACUCGUCCAACAAGUCUUUGGUCGAGAAGACCUACCAUUACGACCAAUUCGGACGACUCAUCCGUGCCGUCAAACCAGCCAUCGAUAAAAUCAUUGACAUUAUCGAUAAAAUCGUCGAAAAGAGUUAA